AUGUCUGCCACCAGAAACAUCGACUCCGUCAACCCCAAGCAGGGCGAAUUCCACCCCAGCGUUCCUCGCUCUGAGCCUCUCACCACCAAGGGCCAUGCCCCGGGAACCAAGGUCGGCAACGAUGCCUACCCCGAGUUCCACGCCCAAGCACACCCUGCCGGCACCGCACCCAGAGAAAACACCUUCCAGCCCAACCCUACCUCCGAGACCCCCGGCCAGGCUCUGAACCCCAACGUGGACCCCUCAAGCCGCACGGCGGCCACCGACUUCCCUGGUGCCACCUCGGCCGAUGUCCACACCGGCCUCGGCAAGCCUGUACAAGGCCAGACCAGUGCCGAGAUGCACGGCUCCAACGUUGGCCGCCGCAACAAGGAGAGCGCCGGUCUCGAGGGUGUCGGCGCCUCCGGCAAGGACAACUUCCGCGACCGCCGCCUCGACGUUGGUGUCGCGCCCGGUGCGCGCGGUGAUGGUGGUAACCCCGAGAACAUCACUCCCGCAGAGAACCUCCCUCCCACCUCGGCUGAGGAGUUGGCCAGCGAGCGUCGCUGA